CCUUUCCUCCCUCUUCUUCAUAUGUUUCGAUGAGCAUUCCAAGACAGACAGCGUUUGCUUCUUCUUCUGCGGCGGGCGCUUCCUUUACCUCUAUCUCAUCGGCUUCCACAGCGCCCAGUGCGCUCUUUAGCAGGUCUCAGGCCAGAGAUGUUUCGAACUCUGAUGCAGGUUCCUCAACUAGUGUUCCCGUUUCCUCCAAUCUCUCUGCUUCUGGAUCACAGUCCGCUUCCAUCUCCACCAGUGACUCUUCAUCUUCUAGUCAACCUUCGAGUUCAUCAUCGUUCGGAAGUAGCAGCUCUCAAGUGCCUAGCGCCUCUUCAUCUAGCGCGCAGCCCUCGUCGUCAUCUGUCCCUCCGUCCUCGUCUCUUUCCUCCAGCUCUCUUCCCCCCUCAAGUUCCGUGCUACCCCAAUCCUCUCGGCUCUUGCCCUCCUCUUCUCUAAUCCCGACCACUUCGUCCCAAAUCGCCACCACAACUCAAGUCUUGACCACGUCGGAUCCAACCCGACUCGUUUCGGCCGUCCCAACAUCGCUAUCUCCGUCUACAACUUCAAACAGCACUGCGCGACGGACAGUCGUCAUUGCUGGAGCAACGGCCGCCGCUGUGGGUGUUCUUCUUGUCGUCCUCGGCACGAUAUUUGUAUACAAGCGACGCAAUGGCCGGCGUCUGGAGUUCACUGCUGCAUUGGGGCGGGCGAGACGAGAGACGCAGGGCGCUGGAGCACUCGGGCUGCUGGACGACGAAGAUUUCGACGACGACGACAGCGUCCCCAUGCGCCGGUAUCGAGAUAACGACAUCACACAUGCCCGAUCGAACCCAAGCGCCGUCAGUCUUGGGCCUCAACAGUCGCCAGCACCUUCUGUAUUCCGAUCACGCGCAGAAACUGGCUCGGUGUUUCGCGAAGAAGUCUUUCCUCCGCCCCAGGGUCCCAUAGUGGACCCACUUGUUGGGCUUGGCGCAGGCGGCUUUGGACACAUUGUAAACGAUGUGAUGGGUCCCGACCGAAGCCCGCCCGCCCCUUCGAGUGAUUCACAGCGUGAAGCGCCACGUGAAAAUAUCCCCUCGAUGAAUAGCACUUCCUCUUCCCUCUAUGCAGACCCCUUCCGAGAUCUUUCUCGGAAUGAUCUGCAAUCCGAUCCGUCCAUUUACUAUGAUCGACGAGCUUCCCCAUCUGCCUCGGAACACUCAGGUGCUGGUUCUCGGCCGGCGACACCACAAUCGUCGUUGGGUCUCCAGCCGGGAUCCGCUUGCUCUUUUGAGGCGCGUUCGCGUGCACAAUUCUUCAACGAUUCGUCUGUCCACAUGGACUCUCUUCGCUCUUACUUGUCGUUUCUCUGGCCGUUUCAUAGAUCAGGAUUCGAACAGCUCUCUAUUGACGGCACCUCACUCUCGGAAGAACGCGAGCUGACUAUCGUCCAAGAUGGAGUCAAGACUUCUCUUAUGAUCCUCGAAAACGGGGUUCGCGUCACCACGUCCCUCAAGCGUGGUUCGUGCCGCUCAUGUCUCGUCCUGUACCCAUCCAACCUUUCCACAGGUGUCGAACUCGUUCCGUACUUGCACGUCCUCCAAUCGACAAUCACUGGGUCUCAGCUCAACUUUGCCUACCUGUCUUCCCGAACCCAGUCUCUGCAAUUGCAAAAACUCUCUGGCGACGUGUCUAAUAUCGCGGCCGACUUGAUUCGGGCAUGGACGGCAGAUAUGCACAGCCGCGCUUAUAGAGAUGUUCUGCCUUGUCGCAGGUUUCUCGUCAUGGUGAACCCCCACGGCGGUCAGGGCAAGGCCAAGAACAUCUGGAUGGACAAGGUGCAACCCAUAUUUGCUGCCGCGGGCUGUCACGUCGACCUUCGAUACACGGGCCCUGCCUCGUCACCUGAUAACGCGACCCGUAUCGCACACGAUGUCGGACUGGACGCAUACGAUGCGCUGGUCCCCAUUUCGGGCGACGGCAUCGUGAACGAGAUCAUCAACGGACUGGCCAGCCGGCCGGACGCACUUGCUGCCUUGCAGAUCCCGAUCGCCACCAUUCCCGCGGGCAGCGGCAACGCUCUCUCGGUGAACAUUCUGGGCCCGGAAAGGGUUUUGGACGUUUCUUAUGCCGCCAUGAACGCAAUCAAAGGACUGCCGAUACCUCUGGAUAUCUGUUCGGUCUCGCAAGGCGAUACCCGGAUCUUCAGCUUCCUCUCGCAGGCGUUUGGCCUCAUGGCUGAUCUCGACAUGGGCACGGAAUGGAUACGCGCCAGAUGGAUCGGGGGAAUCCGCUUCGUACUGGGAUAUCUCAACGGCGCUAUCACUGGCAAGGUCUACAAUGUCGAAAUCACGCUCAAAAUCGCGGAGAGCGACAAGCAGAAGAUGGUCGACCAGUACAACCACCACCAGCAAACGAUCUCGCCUGCUUUGGAAAGAACGGAUCCGGGCCCGAUGGUUCCGCUGUCCUUCGGGAGCACUGACUCCCCGCUUCCCCUCGGCACCGUCCACGACCGUCUCGAGCAAGCGUUGGAGCCCGGCUGGCACACUUUCCGUGUGCCGGUGCAGCUGAUGUGUGCCGGCAAACUGCCCUGGCUUUCGCGCGACAGCAUGAUGCUCCCGUUGGCCAUGAACGAUGGCCUGAUCGAUCUGAUUGUGGUCCCUGGUCGGUCAGCUUGGGCCAGCAUCAAGAGCGUCGACGGGCAAGAGGAAGGCCGCUUUAUGAGCGACCCUUUGUGUUACUAUUUCAAAGUGGAGGCUUAUCGCUGUACCCCACUCGAGAAGCGAGGUUAUAUCAGUAUCGAUGGAGAGAGCAUCCCUUAUCGGAUGUUCCAGGUCGAGAACCACGCCCGGUUGGCGCGUAUAAUGAGUGUAGAGAAGCGCUGGAUGGCGCUGUCACAUGCGAAAUUGUGAGUAGUAUAGAGCGGAAGGUACUAAUUUUCUAUGGUUUUACAAGGUACAACAUAAACUUGGUUUCUGCCACUUCUUGUUCUUCUUCAACCAGUGCAACUGAACCAGGUUUGCGCUGGCUCGAAUCAGCAGGUAGUCCGCCGAUGGUCUUCCGGAUGAGUUCGGAGUGCUGGUCAAUGGCAGAGAGGAGGUCUGCCCCGGACCCGGACUCGAACUGAUAGAACACCAGCACGUCGUCGGUGGCCUGGAGCCCCGCCUUUUUGCGCAGCUUUUGCACCCGAUUCGUCAGUUCCCGGGCGAGCCAUUCGCCCAUCAACUCAGGAUGGACCUGGAUGUCCAAGCGAACCACCACAUCGUUGUCCGUGUUGGUCGCAAACCGCUUUUCGGCCUCGACUGGAAUGUCCAGGUAGCGCGAAACCGUGAGAUCGCCAGCGACGAGCUCGAUGCCGUCCACGCUGAUCUUGCCGGUGUCGAUGAAGGCCUUGACGGCGGAGCUCGUGACGUCCGGGAGAGCUUUCUUGACACGGUUGAUGUCCUUGCGGAGCUUCCGGCCGAGGACAGUCCAGUCAGCUGCUGCCUUGUAGCGCACACCGGAAGCGACUUCGUCUGAGCUGAAAACGACGUCGCGGACGUUGAGCUCCGACUCGAUGUACUUUUGCAGAGGUCGG